AUGCACGACGACACGCAACGUCGUCAACAACCACCCCGCCGUUACAAGGGCCACACGACGUGGCAACGCCCCGUCACGCGGAUGGGAGGCGACGACGACGACGACGCGGAACGUCAAUGGACGUUCCGCCUCGACUCCAGCCCAGGUGCCACGUCGCGGUCAGCAACGUGGCAACCAAACGACGAACGGACACGACAACCGACGAGCCCGCCCACCCACAAACGACGCACACCGCCCCACACGACCCCCACUGCCCACGAGCGCCCAGACACGACAGCGAACGCCCACGACACGACAACCAACGAGGCCGCCCACCCAUGA